GCUCCAGCAAACGAGGCCAUUGAAUCCAAAGGCAUUGUGAGACUCAAUGGAAGUUGGGAUCGUCCUUCGGCAUAUCGCGGCAGUCCGUCUCCAGAUCUCGAAGCAGCUUGGGAUAGAGUAACUGCCGAUGGGCGCCUAAUGUCUAUGACGCUCGAAGAGCUACUCAAAAUAGGGGAAGAGCCUGCCCCAUUCAUGGCUAGGUAUCCGGAAGAGUAUGGUGGGGAUUAUGUGGCGACAGUGGAGGUCAUUCACCAGCUUCAUUGCAUAAACAUGGUUCGCCAAUCCGGCUGGGGUGACCAUUACACAGCAACCGAUGCUGACUUCAUCAAAUCCCCAGACAAAUGGCGCAUCCAUCUUGAUCACUGCGUCGAAUUGCUCAGACAGAUCAUUAUGUGCCACUCUGAUGUAACAAUGGUUACUUACGAUUGGGUUGAGGGACUCGAUGUCCCCUACCCAAACUUCAACAUCCCUCAUCAAUGUAGAGACCUCGAGAAGAUCUUGGAUUGGGACAAUGUUGCCCUUCCUUUGCCCCCUUAAUUGUAUUCUCGACCCAUAGAGGAUCCAGAGGGCAUGCUAUUAAAUCACGAAUGUAACUAUAACUUGACUAUGAACUGAGUUCCAUAGUACUUAUAAACUGUCGCACAAGAAACUCCCUCUGUCGACAACGGGUAUGAGGAAUAUUUAUGUCCGCUGAUAUGAUUAUACGUACGCACUGGCAGUAACUAGCCUAGAGCUAGUCUG